AUGGUGUUCUCCUCUCUCACGAUUAAUGGUUGUUCAUAUUCGAAAUGGUUACCAACCAUUCUUGAGAGCUUCCGGAACCUGAAAUCCCUCAGCUGGGGAUGCGACGAUAGUUUUGAGGAGCUGCACUUCGAUUGGAUGAAUCAGAUCAGUUUUUCAUCUGCGCCUGAGUGUUUGCUUUCGUCUCUCGAGUCUGUUGAUUUCAAAGUCCCACUCUCAGGACUUGCUGGAGAAAUGAAGGUAUUAAGGUAUUUCUUGGAGAAUUCGGCUCUUCUCAAGAAACUCACUAUACGUUUUCGUUGUGAUUGUUCAACAAAAGAUGAAUUCGUCAAGGAAGUCCUCAGAAUCCCAAGAGCCUCUACCGAAUGUGAAGUCGUUAUCCUCUGAAUGGUACCGAGUAGAGAGAAACGUAUAGAGGUUUCAUGGGGUGGUUGGUUACUAAGUUGUCAGGUGAUAAUGAUAUUAUAUUGAAGGUUUUGUUAUUUUGCUUUCAUGGUUUCUGUAUUUCCAUGGCAGCUCAUGAUGUUAGUCAGAUUGAGCCAACUCUAGAACUUUAAUACCAAAGGUUGGUUUUAUUACUAGAGAAUCAAAUUUGUUUUUUUUGAAUAGUGUUUCAGAUAAAGCUAGCUUUUCACAACAUCAA